GCGCGAGGCCAUUGGCUCGAGCUCUUUGAUCCGCCGCCCAGCGCGUGACAUCCAAGGAAGCUCCAGUAAACACUAUUGACCUGACGGCGGCUGCUGCGCGUGCUGCCUUGUCUUGUCUCGGGAGGAUAUUCUGCGGAGUGGACCUGGCUGUCUGAUGGAGACCAGACAACAAGAGUUGUACUCUGAUGUUCUGAAUGGAGCAGUGGUGGACUGGGGCAGCAUGGGUCCUGGAGAGGAAUGGGUUAACUCGGCCUCACAGGAGGGAGAGCAGGGUUUGAAUCAGGGCAUGUUUAACCUCUCUGGUGAGGAAUCGGUUAAAAGGAGGUCGUAUGAUGACGACCUGGCUCCAUUGGCUCAAAACGGUGAAAACCCGACAGAAUGGGGUAGUACUUCACCGUCAGGGAACGAUCAGUGGGGUCAGACAUCAGCCUCCCACUCUGACAACUGGGUCAUGUCCUCCUCUUGGGGUAUGCAACUGGACAGCACAGAGAGAGGACACCUCACAGCAGGGUUUUUGGACUCCGAGCCAUUGAGAGAGGCUGACGAAGACAUGGCCUCCGAAAUCAACCUGAACAACUCCUUCUUAACUGAGGAGGAGAGAGAGGAGAUCCAGCAACAGCUAGUUAAACUGGAGGAGGAGAUCAGUACGUUGCGGCAGGUUUUGUCUUCCAAAGAGAAGCAGCACGCAGAGCUCAAACAGAAACUUGGCAUAGGUUCUCUGAGCGAGCUCAGGAACAACUUCAGUAAAGGAUGGCACGACAUGCAGACGUCCACAGCCUAUAAGAAGACCUCAGAGACGCUGUCCACAGCCGGACUGAAAACCACAGCCGCCUUCAGCACGCUGGGCAGCGCCAUCACCAGGAAGUUUGGGGACAUGAGCCUGGUUGGUCUAGAGUUACUGUUUCCUCGGAGGUCCAACUCUAUAGGCUACUCUAUCAGACACUCUAUGAGCAUGCCCACCAUGAGAAACUCUCCCAGCUUCAAGUCUUUUGAGGAGAAAGUCGAGACUACAGUGUCCACUAUCAAGACAAAGGUUGGCGGUGCAGAGACAGGUGGCAGCUUUGAGGAAGUCCUCUCCUCCGCAGCGAACGCCAGCUCUCAGGACACGCCCACUAACAACUUGACUGACGGCUCCGAGAGGCCGUGAUAGAGCGGCACCGUGAGGCUGGACUCAAAAACCAGGGAGUCCUGUUUUGCAGAACUUAUCUUCUAAAUACUCUGACUGAAAUGUUACAGAACACCUGUAUUUGAUCCCUCGUGUUAGGGCGCUUCUACAAACCAAGUUUGAGAUCAAGCCUCCUAACACUAGAUGCAACCCUUAAGGCUUAUACUUCAAAGGAAGUUUAAGAAACGUCUUGUUUGGACCAAAUUUACCCUAAAUAUUCCAAAACAGCAGUUGUCUGCCUUUUAUUUUGAAAAGAUCACAACAGCAAACCUACUGCAGUGGAGGAAUUUAAUAAACACAGUGAGACACUCCACACAAAGCUCAACUCGGUUUGCAGGAACAUUCUUUUGUAACAAUCCCAAAAAACGUUAUACAUUUUACCAAGAGAUCCAAGCUGGGUAAUGUUGAAAGACUUUUUCUAUAGUGUGGUGUCCUCCAAUCAGAGGGUAUUGCCACCUCCAUACCACAGACGUUGAUCAGACGAGGCGAGACGCAGCUAAGCUUGUGAAAACAGCCAGUACAGUAUCUCAACUCUACAUCACUACAACUUUCAUACCAAAAACGACACUUUUAGGGUAUUAAUAGAAAUACGUUUUUGAUAAUACUCUUAUGUUACAUUUUGAAGUACCUUGUACUUUUUACUAAAUGUUUUUGAAAUGUACAUAACCCAUAUUGAUGGAAUCAACCCAGAAGUCCUGGGUGGAACUAAUUAUUUGUAAACUUGUAUAAAUGAUUUUUCACUCCAACUAAAGAUCUGAAAUGUUCUUAUAGCAUCAAAAAAAAUAUUUUAUGGGCCAAGCAAAAGCUUUAAAUCGCAGCCUACUGUUCUACACAUUGCUGUCAGUUUUGGUCAGGAACUUUUUGAAUGCAGUCAUACGUAUGGCACAUAGUGUAUAUGUAGUCUGGUCAUACUAUAGGACUAAAGAGUGUAUACUGUAGGAAGAAAUUAAAUAGUGAAAUACUGACAGCGAGGCUCACUACAACAUGGAGGUUUCACAAAAUCAGGUGAAUCACUUAUGUUGGGAAUUAUCAUCUUCACUCUAGCAGUUAAAAGGGGGGCUAUUUAUUUGGAAAAUGGACAGUUACAGUCUAUACAUUGUGUUGAACUGCUGUACGUUACGUUAGUGCUGGAUUCUCACAUGCAUACAAUGCAUUUUUACCCUAAAAUAACUUCUGUGGCCUUUUGCCCAUCUUACUGAUGUACUAAAUAACAUUACUAAACCGAUUUAUUUGAACCUCCUGGUGCAGGACAAACAGUUUAAUGCUGUGAGACAACAUAUCAUUUUACUGAGUAUGUUAGGAAAAACACGUUUAUUCAUUUGUGUGUAAAAACAUUCUUUUAUUUUAAACAGCCUCUGUGGCCACAGCAUAACUUUGACAUCAAGUUUCAAUAUAUACUCCGUUUCAUGUUCCUCUUAUGUUUUUUUGCCGUGGUUUGAGAAGAUCCCCGGAUCGGUUCAUGUUUAAUGAAAUAUGUUCAAUAGUAAGCAUGUCAACAUACUGAAAGAGUGUUGCAAGAAAAACAACUGAGGUAAUGCAUGUUCUGUUAUUGGAAAAUAAACUACAGUAAAUAUUUAA